AUGUCAGACUUGGUAGCUAUGGGCGAUCAGCUGCUCCUGUACUUGCAAGAGCACUCCAUACCGAUCAACUGCUCGGUGUACUCGUUGCCGUCAGGCUCCUUGAGCAUGAACUUGUUCAACGACACCACCACCACCACCACCCAAAUCGACCCCAACUUCUUGCCAGCAUACUAUGUGACCAACUGCCUGAUCUCAUCGUUGAUCGAGUUGGUGGUGCUGCUGCAUCGAAACGAUACCAACAUUUACCAAUCUCCCUACAACCAGCGGGACAACGGAGACAUGUUCGUGGCGCUCUUGUUCACCCUCUGUGCCUCGUGUGUAUCAUGCUGGAUGCUCAUACUCCUCCUAUACCUAUGUCCCGCUCACAAGCGAAAACCCAUCCUGGCCCAGCUUGCCACCAUCUUUUAUGCGGUGGUCACCACCUUCCUCCUUUCACGAAUCACCGAGGGCUCGCAAACAGAGUACUACAUGGACACCCUCGAUAUCGUGCGAUUGCACGAUAUGCUCUACAUCAAUAACGUGUUUCGAGUCAUCAUCGUCAUCUCACAGGUACUGACACACGUUGCCUGGUUGCAGAUAGUGGUGCGGCUCACCAAGGACCGCUUCAAGUGGAUGACUUCGGUGUUUGGAGGCACAUUUAUCUUGGCUUACUUCAUCAUAUGCACCUACUACGAGAUAGCUUUCAAUGACACCAGCUCGAUCUUCAGCUCGACUGUGAGCUCCGAUUACCAGGAGUGGCGGAUUGUGCGGAUUGUGCUCAAAUUGGGCCUUCUCUUUUGGUUUGCCGGAACCAUUCUCUACUACACCAUUUGCAUCAAGAAUCCUCGGCGAAUCUGCUAUUCCCGAAAGCUCUUACCUUUGGCGCUUUUCAACUGGUUCUUGAUCGGUGCUUGUAUCGCAUUCAAUAUCCUUUCCCUCAGUGCCUUCAAGGAAGACUGGCUCGUGAAAACCUGGUUGGAACUUCUUCCAUACUUGGUGGAAAUCAUUUUGAUCACCACGGUGUGGGAGUGGGUUUACAAUAUCUGGUACUUGGAGAAGAGAUCGGAAUUGGUUGGGGUUUUGGGCAGAAAAAUCAGCAUGGACGAUGUUUUGAGCAUUCAUCUGAGUCAAGAAAAUAAAGAAAAAUCCAAAAGAAAAGGCUUUUUGGAUUUCUUCAAUAAAUCGUCCCUCUCAGUGACCAAGUAUGACUCUGGUUCUACCCGCACGAAGGACGAAACCUACGAGGACUCGAAUAGCUCCAACCUACAAAUACAUACGAGCAGGACUCUUUCAAUUCAUGACCCAGAUACCCUGCUUCCCGUUCACGAAAACCAGUAUGGUGACCAUCCACCUGCAUUAAUCAUCUAUGAGGACGACGAGUUAGAACCUGAAAUGAUGGUGAAUCAUGAUGGCCAAGAUACUAACAUGGACCAUCCUCCUUCUCCUAGCGCUGGCAGCUACGACGAGGAGAUAGUGGACAACUAUGAAAUCUGGGACGACGACGACCAUCUGCUGCACCAGUCACAGCAGCCACCACCGUUCGAGCCCCAUCCCGGGUUUAAUUCUGGGGACUACUGGCCUUCACGGAAAAAUUAG